AUGGAGCAAAGGCAGCCUACUGAAGGUGCAGCUGCACCAUUUCCUACGAACCCAGAAGAAUUCGAUUCUGACGAUCGCAUAUCAUAUUCAAAGCUCGACCAGAAAUACUUACUCGUGCAAGACGAUGGCACGGAAUUUGAAUUCGACGAUGCGAUCAAACGAUGGAUACCAGUAUUAGAUGAAGCAUUAUUGGAGGAGCAGCAGAAGGCUUAUAAGGUAUCGGGAGUGGAUGAGAGCGAACCAGUAGAUGCCAUGAAGAGGAAGAGGAAGAAGGAGUAUGUCAAUGGCGAGGAUGAGGGUGGCCGGAUUGUAAAAGCCCCAAAGAAAGCCAAAGCACCUCUACCCCUACGAGCGAAUACUGCAGUUUACGUUACUGGUCUGCCAUCGGAUGUCACAGUUGAGGAAGUUCACGAAGUCUUUUCAAAAAAGUGCGGUGUUAUCGCAGAAGAAAUCGACAGCGGAAAACCUAGAAUUAAGCUUUAUACAGACGAAAAAGGAGAAUUCAAGGGUGAUGCUCUUAUCGUUUUUUUCAAGCCGCCAUCCGUGCAGAUGGCGAUAAUGUUACUGGAUGAUACGGAUUUUAGGAUAGAAAGUGGUGCAUCUAAGGAGAGAAUCAAAAUGAGGGUCCAGGCUGCAGAGGCAAGUUACAAGAAGGUUCAACAAACAGACGCAGAGGGAAAGGAGAAAGAGAAGCCCAAGACCAGCAUGAAGGAUAAGCAAAAAAUUAUUAAGAAGACGCAGAAAUUGGAUGCACGACUGGCAGAUUGGAGUGAUGAUGAGCCAUCGGCUCUUGUGGAAACCAGCUCGAGAUGGGAUAAAGUCGUUAUAUUAAAACAUAUGUUCACUUUGAAGGAACUGGAAGAGGACCCAGCUGCAAUGCUGGAUAUCAAGGAAGAUAUUCGAGAUGAAUGUGGCAAGCUCGGCGAGGUAACCAACGUGGUACUAUACGAUUUGGAGGAAGAUGGAGUCGCUAGCGUAAGGUUCGCAAACGCAGAAUCGGCGAAAGCAUGUGUUAGGUUGAUGAAUGGACGGAAGUUUGAUGGCCAAGAGGUCGAAGCUUAUAUUACGGAUGGUAAGGAACAGUUCAAAAAGUCGAAGAAGAAAGCAGAUGAUGAGGAUCAUGGAGAGUUAGAAUCCGAUGAUUAA